CAGAUACUAAUGUGGGAGUGUCUCAAGUCCAGUAUAUAAUUCAGCACUGUACUUAUGAAGAAGAACGUGUAUCUUUGUCGAGAGACGGUUAGAGUCAUGGGGUUUUUGUUCCUGUUCGUGAUUUUCUCUUUGGUUUCAGAUAAUGAUGGGACGUUCGAUGUGACCGCUCUUUCCAAGCAAGUCAACUGCGCUGAUCAACAGUCUAUGCUCGUAUCUUCACAGAAGUGUAUUGAUGCGUACAAUAUCCCCUUCAAAAUGACUUCCUAUUUGUAUAAUGUGAUAACCCCGGCAUUUUUAGCUGAUAUGUGUAGGAAUCUUGACACUUACCAGAAAGCGCAAGUAUGUAUAAAAAACCUAUACUCUAAAUGUAACCAGACCCCGUCGCUACCUGUAGCGACUAUCAAGAAGAUACAAGGAUAUGUCUGCGCCAACUUGGACAAAUUCAACACAACCUGCAUGUUCGAAAUGGUGUUUAAAAUGGGUGACUGCAGCUCUACCGCCAAAUACUUGACUACCAGCGAUCAUGUUAACCACACCGUUUCAGCGUUUAACCACAAGGCAACUUGCAUGUCAGAAAAGGUGUCAUCGAUCUGUGUCGACAAGUACUUGUCAGCAUGUGGCGAGGUCGUACUCCACACCUACAAAGCAUUCCUGCCAAACAACACAGAAUGCCUAACACCCAACAGCCUAGACACACCCGCCGUGGACUGUUCCACCACUGAAGACAUCCGAAAGAGCUACCAUCAAUGCUUUAUCUACAACGGGAUACUGCUCCAAUUCCCGGAAAACUUAACCAGUGAAGACACUAACCAGCACAUUAUGCACGCUAUUACAAUGGAUGACAAUUUGUGCAGUAAUCUGAAGGACUACCAGCAGGCAGUCAACUGUACUCUGCAGGUACAGAAGCAAUGCAGUGAUGACGUGAUGAAACCCACGGUGGCUGACUCUCAGACAGUGCAAGACAGCUUGGCCAAACUCUGUGGUCAUAUCGGGG